AUCUCCCUGGUCUGUCAGAGCCAAGCUCCAUCAUGCCCAGCUCCAUGGCCGCAGUUUACAGCCUCAGCAAACUGAAGCCACCGCUUGCCCUGGAGCUAGAAUCUCGCCUCCUGCGGGCUCUUCUGAACAGGAUGUACACCCUGGGCACUGGGCAGGACACCACACACUUCCGGGCUCUGUACAACAACUAUUCUCAGAGCCUGGACAUCCUGCUCAGGGGCCUGCUGACGGAGACCCCCACCAUGGAGAAGCUGCAGCACCUCCUGGAGCACAUCCAUCGCUCUCUCCUGUCAAAUAACACCCAGGAGAGAGCCAGGGCCGUACAGACCAGCGCGGCCCUGCUCGAAUUCGCCACCUCCCUGCCUGGAUUUGACAGCUCCUCCACCUUCUCCAAGGCAGGCGAAUUUGUGCUACAGCUGGGUCUCUGGAUAUCCCACCCAGCCAGUGACAUCAGUCGGCAAGCCAGGGGUGGGAUCUAUUGGCUUUACUGGCUCCUGCUUCAGAAGAGGGGGCUCAACACCAGAGAGGCACCUGACUUGUGGUGCCGGGACGGGCUCCAUGACCCCGAGCGCCUGGGGUAUAGAAACCUGGCCAGGGUGGGAGAGGUCUUCGGAGAAAUAUUCACCGAAGACCAGAAGAGCAGUUUCUUCCAGGCGGGCCUGGUGGCCAUCCACCACCCCCUCCUCCAUGUCAGCCAGGCUGGCCUGGUGCUGACCUAUUCCAUCUUGGGGGAAGCUGGCCGGCUUCUAGACGAUGAGGGGGAGAUUACAGCCAACAUCCUAGUGCAACUAUUUAACAUCAGGGUCUUCUGCCAGGUGCCCGACGCACUGCAGGGGCUGUGCUCCGUGGGGCAGCCUUGAAGACCCCCCCCCUCUUUGCAUGACCAGCUCCCACCCCCUGCCGCAGCCUCGCUCCAGGCCCUCCACCCGCUGGCUCCACAGCAUUGCCGCCUCUUCCUCCUCCUCCUGAUCUUCCCCAACCUCUCCGAUUUCCACUACAUGGCUUCGACCUUUGUGUGAAUAUGGACUUUGGCUUGUACUUCCGACCACCCGGCUUCGACCUCCGGCCUGGACAUGGACACUGGCUCCGGUUCUGCCUGCACAUACUCAACACCCGGCAGCAGUAGACAGGCCCCACCAUUAAUCAAACCCUAAUCCUGCCCCAUGACCCCUUAGUCCCCCCCACCUCUCACCGGUAGUCCCACCCCUUGGGGGUAGUACUUCGUGGUCAAGGCGGCCACAUGACUGGAAGCCAGGUGUGUCAUGUGACCCCUCUAAGAACUCCUCCCACCACCCUCUACCAAUCAGGAUGGGUUUCCUCCCGGAAGGACCACCCCAAGAGGAGAUUUGACCAAUCAGGGCGAGCUCUGGGGUGGGAGGAUGACCCAUCCCGACGUGCGUCUUGUGACCCCUCUAAGAACUCCUCUC